GCUAUCGCCAGGGCAACAGCAGAGUUUAGCGAGCGGAAAUCUGCUGCUAGCAGAACAGCAACGGCGCUAAAUUAUUAACGAAACAUCUUUUACACCAAAUACUGUGUUAGUUUGUUGCCAUGAACGAAUCUGUAGCCAAAAAGACCCAGGAGACUCUGGGAAAAGUGAUCAAAAAGCCUCCUCUGACAGAAAAACUGCUCAGCAAACCGCCGUUUCGAUACCUGCAUGAUAUCUUCAGUGAGGUAAUACGUACCACAGGCUUUAUGAAAGGACUUUAUGGAGAGGCAGAGAUGAAGUCAGAUAACGUGAAGGACAAAGACUCAAAAAUAGUGUUCCUUCAGAAGGCUAUCGAUGUGGUGAUGCUGGUUAGCGGAGAGCCCUUGGCUGCCAAACCUGCUCGAAUCGUAGCCGGACACGAACCAGAGAAGACCAACGAGCUGCUGCAGGUCAUUGCUAAGUGCUGUCUCAACAAGCUCUCCAGUGACGAGGCUGUUAAGCGGGUGUUAGCUGGAGACAAGCAGGAUCAGAAGGGGAAGCCCAGCACCUCCAGGUCCCAGGACAAGGAGAACAGAGAGGGGAGGGAGCACCAGCGAGACCGUGAGGAGAGGAAGGGCAUUAAAGAAAGCAGUGGGAGCCGAGAGCAGAAAGAUCCAGAUCAACCCAAAGAUCAAGAGAGCAAGAAAGACGACAAGGACCGCCGCAGAGAUGCCGAGAGGUCUGACAAGGGAAAAAGCGAAAGAGAUCGGACAAAAGACAGAGACAAGGACAAGAGCCGAGAUCGGGAGAAAGACAAGACCAGAGAGAAGGAACGUGAAAAGGAUAAGGACCGCAACAGGGACAAGGAGAGAGAACGAGAUAAAGAGAGGGAUAAGAAAAGGGAACGGGAAUCUCAUAAAGACAGAGAACGAGAUAAGGAGAGAGAUCGUGAGCGUGAGAAACGACGGGAGAGAGAAAAAGAAAAAGUACGACACCAAAAGACUGACGAGAAGCUAAAGGACAGAGGCGAUAGAAAGAUCAAGGCAGCAGAGGAGAUCAGCAAGCCAAAGCCUCACCCAGAGGUUGUGAAUAAAACACAUGAAGCUGAAGCAGAUGAGGCCGAGGGCGGUGAACUGGAGCCUACAGAUCUCUCUGAAAUCCAGGCUGAGAGUCCUUCCCGCAUUCCAAGGCCCUCAUCAGCUAAAGGACAGCGGCGGUGGCCCAAAACAGGAGGUCAAGAUGAGACUGACAGUGAAGGAGAAGGGGAAGCCCCUUCAGCAGAGAAAGCAGUCCUCAUUGAAAAUGGAGACACAAUAGAUUCUGUGCCACCGCAAACAACACACAGAAGAUUACCACGGCCUAGCAGCGCUCGACCGGCAGCUCCCCGUGUUAAACGACAGGAAAGCUAUGCUGAUGUGACCCCAGCAGAGAGGCUGGGCAGUGGCAAGACCCCUGCCACUGUCAUUUUGGAUGGCAAGAAGCUCUCUGAAGAUGAGGAUGAUGAAGAUGGCCAGUUUGUGGUGGAAGAGGCAGCUGUGCCUCCUCCUGACAUACCUGAAAUUGAGCGUAAUUCACUUGAACUGCAAGGAGAUGACAAACACGGUGGACUUGUGAAAAAAAUCCUAGAGACAAAGAAAGACUAUGAAUCAUCUCCAUCCACAAAAUCAAAAGAACAGGAUCGGUCGCUGGUGUCGGAGGCGUCUCGUAGGAAGGAACGUGAAUUGGUGGCGAAGGAGAUCGAGCGCCUGCGGUCAUCCAUACAGACGGUGUGUCGCAGCGCUCUGCCUCUGGGCAAGAUCAUGGACUACAUUCAGGAGGAUAUGGACUCCAUGCAGAACGAACUGCAGACCUGGCGCAAAGAGAACAAGGAGAACGCACAGGCUCUGCUACAGGAACAAAGAAUCACAGACAGCGUUGUGGAACCUCUCAAGGCUGAGCUCACUGAACUGGAGCAGUUAAUCAAAGACCAGCAGGACAAGAUCUGCGCAGUCAAGUCCAACAUCCUGAAGAACGAGGAGAAGAUCCAGAAGAUGGUGUCCAGUAUUAGCUUCUCCUCGCAAACGUGAAUACCAGCACACCCCAAAAGAAACCUGAAGCACUGAGCGGCAGGGAGAGCUCCUGUUUAAUAGACCUGAUGUCUUUGAGCAGCACUGGAGGGAGUUCAGAAGGUGCAGGUACAGUCAGGAGUCACUCUCCUCAAACCCCCUUCAUGUAAGGUGCCUUCUGUAAGACUUAGGAUCUGUUUGCGCUGGUCCGUUGGGAUUCUCAAACACACUCAUACGCCGCGGUAGAUUUGCACUCGUCACUUGCUUGGAAGAUAAAUGUGUGUGGUCACCAUACUGAUGUGUCCUGUAUUUUUUAAAUAGGACUUAAACUGAUUUCAACGUCCUCUUAGGAAAAUUGACUGACUUUAUUUUUUAUUUUGCUUUUUUCCAUUCAGACUGACAGGUGUUUUUGUUGACAUUGGCAAUAUGUCAUAUAUGUGUAUAUAUAAUUAUUUAUAUAUGUAUGUAUAUGUGUGCAUAGAAAACUAUGGAACUUGUUUCUGCCAUUUUUUAUUUCUGGGAUUAAAUAAUAAAAAGGAAAUUAUGACUUUUUAUCUCACAGUUUAGACUUUUUUAAACAAAUUUUGAGAAGUCAGAAUGUAAAAUGUAAACUUGCAAUUGCAAGAAAAAAGUCAGAAUUGUGCGAUAAAGUCACAAUUUUCUUUAUUUAGUGCAGGUGCAAAAAAAAUUAUAAUUCAGGUAAAAAGUCAGAAUUCUGAGAUGUAAACUCGGAAUAGCGAGAAAGAAAUUCAGCAUUCUAAGUUUUUAUCUCACGAUUAUCAAAAUUGUGAGGGAAAGUCUAAGGUGUGAGAUUAAAAAGUCACAUUUUUUAUUUAUUUAUUUAUGCUAUGGCAAAAACAAGCUUUUAUAGAAAUAUACUAUGAUACACACUACCAGUCAAAAGUUUUUGAACAGUAAGAUUUUUAAUGUUUUAAAGAAGUCUUUUCUGCUCACCAAGCCUGCAUUUAUUUGAUUCAAAGUAGAGCAAAAACAGUACAAUUUGAAAUAUUUUUUACUAUUUAAAAUAUCUGUUUUCUAUUUGAAUAUGUUUUAAAAUUUUUAAAAUAAAAGUUUUAGUAUCAGUACUUCAGUCACAUGAUCCUUCAGAAAUCAUUCUAAUAUUCUGAUUUGCUGCUCAAAAACAUUUAUUAUUAUUAUUAUUAUUAUUAUUAUGUUGAAAACAGCUGAGUAGAAUUUUUUCAGGUUUCUUUGAUGAAUAGAAAGUUCAGAAGAACAGCAUUUAUCUGAAAUAUAAAUCUUUUGUAACAUUAUAAAUGUUUAUCAUCACUUUUGAUCAAUUUAAAGCAUCCUUGCUAAUUAAAAGUAUUAAUUUCUAUAAUUUCUUUCCAAAAAAAAAAAAAACUAAUUAUACUGACUCUAUAUUUCAGAUAAAUAUUGAUCUUUGGAUUCAUCAAACAAUCCUGAAAAAAAUGUACUCAACUGUUUUAAAUAUUGAUGAUGAUGAUAAUAAUAAUAAUAAUAAUAAUAAUAAUGAAAAAUGUUUCUUGAACAACAAAUCAGCAUAUUAUAAUGAUUUCUGAAGGAUCAUGUGACACUGAAGACUGGAGUAAUGAUGCUGAAAAUGUAGCUGAAAAUGUAGGAAUAAAUUACAUUUUAAAAUAUAUUCAAAUAGAAAGCAAUUAUUUUAAAUAAUAAAAAUAUUUCCAAAUGUUACUGUUUUCGCUGUACUUUGGAUCAAAUAAAUACAGGCUU